CGUAAACUUAGAACAAAACAUUCAUUUUAGUUAUUCGUUUAAUUAUUUGGUUUAAUCGGUUGGAUCAUGUUCGGAUUGUCAUUGAUAAUACUAGCAGGACUAUGCAAUGUUCUGGUGAACGCCAAUAAUGUGAAAAGACAAUCUAGUUGCCCAGUAAAUGUCGCUGACUCCGAGAGACGUGAUUGUUUCAAAUGGGUGAAUGCAUCUCCGAGUAAAUGCGAGGAAAGGGGAUGCGUAUGGUGUGAAGCGAGCUCUACGAACUAUCCAUUCUGUUUCUACAACGACAAAACAUGCCCAUCUUCUAUCGCUGAUAACGCUAAGGUUGAUUGUCACCCAGAGCCAAAUGGAAACAAAGCCUCUUGUAAUGCGAAGGGGUGUGUUUGGUGUGAAUCGGCAACACAAGGUGUACCAUGGUGUUUCAUCGAUCAAGAGGUUUCACAGGGCGGUGCGCGCUGUCCCGUCGAUAUCAAAGAAAGUGAGAGAAUCGACUGUCAUCCAGAUGCAGGAGCAAACGAGGCAAAUUGCAUUGCAAGGGGAUGUUACUGGUGUCAGUCCUCAACCCCAAACGUCCCAUGGUGUUUUGCUCCAAAGUCUUUGGGUUAUACUAUGAACGGCGCACCAAUAUCAACUGCGAAAGGUUACAGAGUGAACCUUAAGAGAAGACAAUAUCCAUCUUGGUUCGGAUUAGAGAUAGAUGAUGUAAAUCUUGAUGUAGAGUUCCAAACCGAAUCCAGACUCCGACUAAAGUUCACUGAUGCCACAGCAUCGAGAUUUGAAGUUCCUUCAAACAUCCCAUCGCCACCAAGUGCUGCCCCGAAUACGCUAUAUGAUGUGCAAUUCAAUGACACCCCGGCAUUUAACGUUAAAGUCACUAGGAAGAGUACAGGCGUAACAAUUUUUGACUCAUCGAUCGGAGGGCUAAAGUUAUCGGAUCAAUUCAUGUCCAUAGGUACUUACUUGCCCUGUCAGUCCCUCUAUGGGUUUGGUGAGCAUGAACACCCUUCUUUCAAACAUGAUAUGAAUUGGAAGACGUACGGCAUGUAUGCAAGGGACCAGGCACCCGCGGGAUCUAACAACUUGUACGGCGUUCAUCCUUUUUACACUUGUGUAGAGUCCGACUACAAUGCGAAUGCAGUUCUCUUUCUAAAUGCAAAUGCACAAGACGUCACAUUAAUGCCAGAUCCUGCGUUGUAUUAUAAAACUAUCGGAGGCAUACUCGAUAUUUAUAUAUUUCUCGGACCUACUCUCGAAAACACUGUUCAGCAAUAUACCGAGGCUGUUGGCCGACCAGUCAUGCCACCUUACUGGUCGUUGGGAUUCCAACUAAGUAGAUGGGGUUACAACAGUAUUGCAAAUAUGCAAACUGUUAUAAACAGGAUGAGACAAUAUAAUAUACCACAUGACGUCCAAUAUGGUGACAUAGAUUACAUGGACAGAAGACUCGACUUUACCUAUGACCGGGUUAAUUAUGCUGGUCUACCACAAUAUGUCACUCAACUUAAACAAGAAGGAACAAAGUUCAUCAUAAUUUUAGAUCCAGGUAUUAGUACUGGUGAGCCGGCGGGUACAUAUCAGCCUUAUGAGCUUGGUAAUACAAUGGGGGUAUGGAUAAAAGACACUGACAAUACAACAGACAUUCUAGGAGAGGUCUGGCCCGAUGACCCAGUGGUUUUCCCCGAUUUUACUAAACAAGUAACCGAGGAUUGGUGGAUCCAAUUAUGUGUGGAUUUCAAAAAUGUUAUUGACUAUGAUGGUCUUUGGAUUGAUAUGAAUGAAGUGGCCAAUUUUCAGCACGGUUCAUUUAAUGGAUGCCCAGAUUCACCGAUGAACAACCCACCUUACCUACCAAGGGUAUCUGACAAUCUAUACCAAAAAACUCUUUGUCCAAGUCACAACUCGUAUCUUGGAAGUCAAUACAAUGUACACAGUCUUUAUGGAUGGAGCCAGGUGCCGCCAACCCAUAAGGCAGCUAUUACAGCCACUGGUCAGAGGAGCUUAGUGUUAACUAGGUCAUCAUUCCCAGGUGCAGGUAGUCAGGCUGUCCAUUGGCUAGGCGACAACCAUAGUCUUUGGACAAAUCUCCACUAUUCAAUCAUAGGAAUGAUGGAAUUCAAUUUAUUUGGCUUCCCUUAUGUUGGUGCUGAUAUAUGUGGAUUCAAUGGUGACACUACUGCUUCGAUGUGUCAGCGAUGGAUGCAACUCGGGGCAUUUUAUACCUUCUCCAGAAAUCACAAUGCUCGAGACAGAAUGGACCAGGAUCCUGGGUAUUUUGGUGCAGAAGUGGCCAGAGUGAGCCGUGAAUCUUUAGAGAUCAGAUACACCCUCCUUCCGUAUUUGUAUACAUUGUUUCAUAGAGCCAAUCUGUUAGGAUCUACUGUCAUCAGACCAUUGGUUCACGAGUACACAUCGGAUUCUAACACACAUAACAUAGAUCGUCAAUUCUUGUGGGGGCCUGCAUUCAUGAUUACACCCGUUUUGGAUGAGGGAGCCACUUCAGUAACUGCAUACUUUCCCGACAGUCGAUGGUAUGACUAUUAUACAGGUGCGGAAGUAAGCAGUGAGCACAGAAAGGGAUAUACUACACUUAAUGCACCAAUGGACUAUAUCCCACUCCAUAUAAGAGGUGGAUAUAUAUUGCCCACACAGGAACCUGCAAAUUCUACCACCUUCAGUCGUAACAAUGACCUCGGAUUGAUAGUGGCGCUGGAUGAUUUUGAAGAGGCCACUGGAGAUUUUUUCUGGGACGACGGUGAUGCAAUAGACACCUACUCUAAUUUAGAAUAUAUUGAGGUCUCAUACAGUGCAAUACCAGGAAUUCUAACGGGUGUUGUUGUGUUUAAUGGAUACCCCAGUGCAGGGCUUCUAGUGUAUAAUAACACAAUUAGAAUACUUGGCUUGAACUAUGUAGAUAUUCUUGAUGUACGUGUGAACAAUCAGCCUCACUCGCUGUUCUCUUUUAACCCCACUACAAAGGUGCUUGAGAUAUCUAUGGCGAACCUUUUCUUGAAUGAUGAUUUCCAAAUAACCUGGACACCGAUUUGAGUUUUAAAUAUAAAUGUAUACACAGGCGUGCAUUUGUUAAUAAUAAAACGAGGAAAUUUUG